UAAAACUGUUGAUUUUAAAUUGAAAUCGUUUCAAUUAACAAAUGAAUCAUCGCCAACAAGUGAUUUAAACCUGAAUAAUUUUAAACUUACAAAAUUUAAUCGAACUAUAUUUCUGGUCAAUGGAAUGGUUACCUUGAAUUUGUCACCAGAAAAACAAUCACAAGCAGAAAUUAGUGUGAUCCUAAGUCAGAGAAAGUCAAACGGAUAUCAAGAGUCUUCUUUAGUUCAGUUUAAAAAAGUCAACUAUUGUAAUUUUAUUGACCAGACUUGGGUAAGACACAGUGUUGAACAUUUUUAUUCACAUACAAAUUUUUCUGAAACAAAAUGUCCAUUUACUCCUGGAACAUAUUUUAUUAAAGAUUUUUACCCUGAUUUAAGUAAUCCGCCGGUAAUCCCGAAUGGACAGUAUCGAAUGGAUAUUCAUUUUAUAUAUGACAAUGUUAUAAUAAACGGUGCACAAGCUGUUUUUAUUGUUGAAUUCUGAAAUUUUUUUGCAGAAUAUUUCAAAUUUUAAAAAUAAA